GCAGAAUGCCCUCCCCUUCUUUUCUGAGUGUCCCCUUGCCAUGUGUGUGGGAGAGUUGUGUGUGGGAGAGUUGUGUGUGGGAGAGUUGUGUGUGGGAGAGUUGUGUGUGGGAGAGUUGUGUGUGGGAGAGUUGUGUGUGGGAGCCUGAGAGAGAGCUGCUGUCUCCCUGGGGGAGCUGACGGUGCCGGGAUGCAGAGGACGGUGGUGGUUGCCGGAGGGGGUAUCAGCGGACUGACUGCUUGUUAUCAUCUGGCCAAAGAUGCCAGUGUGCCCAAGGUCAUACUGCUGGAGGGAAGCAGCCGGCUGGGGGGCUGGAUGCGCUCCACGCGGACAGAAGAUGGCGCUGUGUUUGAGCAUGGGCCCAGAGGGAUCCGGCCGGGAGGGACGGUGGGGAGAAACACCCUGUGUAUGAUAUCAGAGCUCGGCUUAGAACAAGAAAUCCUCCCGGUGCCCCGGAGUCACCCUGCGGCCAAGGAGCGCUACCUCUACGUCAACAAAACUCUGCACAAACUGCCUUCCAGCAUAGGCGGGGUGUUGCGGACCAUCCCCCCCUUUACAAGGCCGCUGUUUCUCUGUGGGCUCCGGGAUCUGGCUGCGCCGCGGGGCUCCAAGGAGGACGAGAGCAUCUAUGACUUUGUCAGCAGGCGUUUUGGGAAAGAGUUGGCAGACAUUGUCAUCGACAGCCUGUGCCGCGGGGUGUUUGCCGGGGACUGCCGAAAACUCAGUGUGCGCUCCUGUUUCCCGUUCCUUUAUGAAGCAGAGGUCAAACGGAGAUCGGUCAUUCUGGGGAUGGCGACAGGCGGGGAUAAGGGCCCCCCUGUGGAUUCUGAGCUGAUCCGAAGAUCCAAGCAGGAGCGCUGGAGCCAGUGGUCCCUGCAGGGUGGGAUGCAGACCCUGUCUGAGGCGCUGGAGGAUUUCCUGAGGAAGAGAGGGGUAGAAAUUCACAAGGACACUCCCAUAAGGCAGUUGGAGAGGACGGCAGACAAUGGCUGGAAGAUCAAGCUUCCCGACGGCAGCAUCACCGCCGAUUAUAUACUCAGUGCUCUCCCGGCUAAGGACCUUGGCUGCCUGCUCCCCCCAGACCUGGAGCCGUUAGUGAAGGAGCUGCGGCAGAUGAGUUCGGCCACGGUGGCUGUAGUGAACCUGCAAUAUGAAGGGCAAGUUCUGCCCAUUUCGGGCUUCGGGCACCUGAUCCCAUCAACGGAGGAGCGGGCGCUGCUUGGGAUAGUGUAUGACUCCAUUGCCUUCCCACAGCACAACAAGCGGGGCUCCAGCUCCACCCGACUUACGGUGAUGCUGGGGGGCGCAUGGUUUGAAAGCAGCAUAGGGGACCCCGACGCCGUGUCCUCCGAGAAGGUCCUAGAAUUGGCCAAGACUGCGGCCGCUGAGCAGCUGGGGGUGCGGGACAAGCCGAGCCGGAGUAUUGUGAACAUUAAUAAGGACUGCAUCCCUCAGUACACGCUGGGACACUGGCGGCGCACAGGGAACAUCUCCGCCUACACGCGCCAACUUUCCUUGCCCCUGAGCCUCAUUGGCGCCUCUUACCAUGGCGUCUCCGUGAAUGACUGUAUAUAUAACGCCAGGCAAGCCGUGCACAGCCUGCUGGGGCAUUAGCAUCUCCGGCCCCGCCAUCACUGUGGGGUCCCUAAUUGGAGCAUCGGGGUGGAAGGGGGAAGAGCUACAAGGGGGCAGAUUCCCGGUUUUUAGCCCCCAGCUAUUCAUGGGUCGGUGGCAACCAGAACCCCGAGACGUACGCACCGGUACCAGGUACUGGAACAGCUCUAUUCAUAUGGAUUCUGCUUUGUCUGUAUAGAACAUGGUAAUAAAUAAAGCAGAUUGGUCUUUUAUACCAAGUGGA